GUUUCCUUGGUGCAACGAGUCUGGAUUCUAUCUGUUGGGGUCGGGUGCAUCGCUGGAUGCGCCAUAGUUGAAAGGAACAAAUCAAGAUGACGGUCGAGACGGUCGUGUCUGCCGCGAUCGCCGUGUUUGUCGUGGGCGGCAUUCUCUUUGAUGUCGAGCUCACGCAAGCAAGCAAACGACUCCACCCUCGGGGCUUUCGAUGGCGACGCAUGGCCAACUGGCUGCCGCUCGGCAUUGCGUACGCAGCAUUCUAUAUGGCUCGAUACAACGUACGCGGACUGGCGAUGUGAUGCGUGAGCCCAUGCGACCCGAGUGUAGAUAGCCGCGGGCAACAUCCCGAGUGUGCGAUUGCAACUCAACAUGACGGCCACGGACAUGGGCUGGUGCGCACACGAUCCACCGAUUCGAUGCCACCGAAUGUGCCUAGGAUCAUUUCGUCGGGGUCGUGGGCGUAUGCGUUGACAGCGCCGUGGACAGGGCAAUGGACCGAUCGCAUGGGCGGGCACAACGGCAUGCUCGUCGCUUGCGUGGGGGCUGGCUUGUGCAAUUUGAUCUUGGGCUGCCUGUUCGUGACAAGCACGUCGUCGCAAGUGCCGUUCAUGGUGCUCUUUGCAUCCAACGUGGCGCUUCAGGGAUAUGGCACGAGCGCCGUCGUCAAAAUCAACGCGAUGUGGUACUCGCCGAGCGAACGAGGGAUCUUUUCAGGCGUGUUCAACAUCUUCGUCGCGAGUGGGUACUACCUCGCCCUCGGGUCGGGCCACUCGAUUAUAUCGUCGCUCGGAUGGUCGUACUUGUUUUUCAUUCCAGCGACGCUGCUCCUCAUCAUGAGUGCCGUGGUCGUGACAUGUGUGGCCAACACGCCGCCGCCGACGGCAAACGUGCCGUCGAUACUCAAAGGUGCGGAAGGGACGAGCGCUCCGGCGAGGCAGCAGCCCUCGAUCUGGGCGCUUUUGCACAACCGCACGCUGCUCGGGUACCUCGCGGCGGUGUUUUGUCUGAGCUGGGCCCGCGAUGGUUUGCUCAACUGGAUGUACUCGUUCUUCGACUCGGUGCGCGCCGUCCCGCUCACGGAAGACGACCACGCGAUCCUUGGUGGCGCCUGGACUGUGGGUGGGUUCGUGGGGGGUCUCCUCUGCGGCUACAUCAGCGACAUCAUGUUCGAGUCGAAUCGGAUGCCGCCCAUCGUUCUCUUCUCGACGUUUCAAGCAGGAGCGUUCCUGUUCAUGUACACACUGGCGCCGUCAAUUUCGACGCCGUUUCUCGGCCUUCUAGUCUUUUUCGUCAGCGUUUUUGUCCUCGGCAACUACACGCUCCUAAGUUACACCGUGCCGGCCGACCUUCCCGCAAAUAUUUCAGCGAGCGCCGUUGGGCUCUUCACGGCCGUGGGGUACAUCUCGACGGGGCUGGCGGGAGUCGUCAUGGGGAGUUGUAUCCAGCGGUGGGGGUACACGUUUUGGGUCACGUCCCUCACUGCCUCGUCGGUCGCGACAGCGCUCUGCACGAUGCUCGGGUCGUACUUUUCGGAGCUCGACGAGGCCGUCGACGAAGCAGCGCCGCUCCGGCAACGUCGCAAGUCCCGCGCAUCCAUUGUGGGGUCCGAUGUUCUCGUGCUUCCACCCGACGAUGAUGACUGUGGCAACGACGGGGCAGUCCAGGCACUCUAGCGUUAACGUCGCAGCCAUCAUGAACGGACGGGGACAUGUUGUACCCGUCGGUGUGCUUUCUUCGUGUACCCGUCGGUGUGCUUUCUUCGUGUGAAAAUGGAUGGACGUCAAGCGACCGCCACUGGGGCUGAUUCAGCGCAAUAUAUCUGGCGACCGGUUGACGGCUCCGACGGCGCGCAAACUCGACCUGGUGAUGUUUGCAUCGACCGUCGAUUCAACGACGUUGGAUGCGGAAGAGCCUCGCGAAGGACUCGCGUCGUAGCUUCGUGCCUAGAACGCACAAGAUUUCCACACUGUGCCGCGCGAUUCGUACACGCUAGCGAGUGUGUCCUCGCCCAUUGGCAGGACGAUGGUGGACGCAGAUAUAGUACACCAAGGUGCUGCGUGGCGUUGGAGGUCGUUUACAUAGAACCAAGUCAAGUGGAUGGCUCGUUUCCCCUGUCGUCGGGGCAAUGGACUUUGCUGCCGACGCUGUCGCGUGGCUGGCAUUGUGUGUGUCGACAAGGCUGUGUUCAUGAUCCUGGUGGCAUCGACCUCAAAAGUUAAAGAAAACACAACGUCCUGCCGCUUUCGACUGUGUCGACAGCUACAGUUGGGUCAUGGCGCAGCCCGGUCUACCACUCCAGCCGAGGGAGAACCGACUCGACGUGCCUUCACGCCACCGUCAACCAAUGCAAGUGGAAGGAUUUUGGGUCACGCCGUCACCGUCGACGACCUAAAGUUGGUGGCAUCAAGUCGACGCCGAAUUCGGCCGCUAACUUGGUCAAGGAUCGUGACGUUGGAGCGAGAGACUGGAGUCGUCGCCGUUUCCCGUCCAAUGCAAAGAGUCUGGAGCCGGCUAUGUCGACCAUCGCCAUGGUAGUGUGGCUCGGCUGUGCGAACGAAAGCGGCCUGCACUUGCAUUCUACACAUGGCCCCACCUCGUCCUCCUCGACCCGUCGUUGCUACAUACUAUCCGAUUCCAUUCUCGACGGUCCUCCCUUUUUCCGUGAACGGCGCUGUGGGAUGCAAGUGGACAUCCCUGCGAACAAGGGUAUCCAGUGCGCUCGUUGGCAUCUCGGCAAAGUAUUGUACGUAGGGAAUUCGAUAUCGUGCUGGGUCAGUGAGCACGAAUAGAUGCGUGGAAUAUGGAGAUGACCCAGUGUCGUAUCUCCCGCCUUGUCGCUCGCGGGAACCUCUUGGUCCGGAGGCCGCAUUCAAUCGUAAACUGACUUUUAUUCCUAUUGCACGGCUGGCCUCCGCCACCAGUGAAAACUCCCUCGUUCUAACCACCCGCCGGUUCCCCAUACUAGAAUGUCUAGUUUCCCCUGACAACUCGCUGGUGUGAACCGACCCUCAAUCACAGAGACGUGCGACGCAGAACAGCCACCUACAUGCUGUGCAAGACCUUCAGGCGUCCGUAGGUGUGGUGCACCAAAGGAACACGAAAAUAAGCCGACGACAACUUGACCACACAAUCUUGAAGAAUGCGACCUUGCAAGUUCAAGGCCACUCGCCGGUAUGCGCUCACACCAAC